AUGGCUCACCUGAGUGAAUCAGCUUCUUUUCGUCCUGUAACUCAAGUUCUGAACCUAACUCUCAGAGGUACUUAUAUAAGUUUCGGAACCGAUGGUUUUAGGUUGUAUAGUUCCUACAUUCUAUGGGGAGCCAGCCACAACAAUGACUUGCCCUAUCUCCUCCUCUACGUCGAUGACAUCAUUCUCACCGGCUCAAGCAAGUCUCUACUGGAUCGCAUUACCAACAGCCUCAAGAAUGAAUUUCCAAUGUCUGACAUGGGGCGGCUCAAGUACUUUCUCGGAAUCAAGGUUGAAUAUAAUGCUGCAAGAAUUCUUCUUUGGCAAAAGAACUAUGCCUCUGAGAUCAUUCAACGCGCUGAGAUGUCCAACUGCAAACCAAUCUCAACCCCAGCUGACGUAAACUCCAAGUUGUCCUCAGAAGCAGGUGCUCGCAUCUCCAAUCCAAAACAUUGCAGAAGCUUGGCAGGGGCCCUCCAAUACCUAACAUUUACGCGCCCAGACAUCUCUUAUGCCAUGCAACAAGUCUGUCUGUUUAUGCAUGAUCCAAGAGAGCAACACUACACGGCCUUGAAAAGGAUCAUUCGCUACAUUCAAGGAAUUCUCUCUUAUGGACUGCAAAUCUACAAAACCAAGAUCGACUCCUUAACAGCCUACUAUGACGCGGACUGGGCCGGAUGCCCAGACACAAGGAGAUCGACUUCAGGGUACUGCAUUGUUGGGAAAAUUACCCAAUAUCGAUGA